UGUUCUCACAAGCGAAAUCUUACAAGUGGAAUAGAAUAAUCACGGUUUCAUUGUGUGCGCAUAUAUGCGCGACAAGUAUUUAUUUAAACCGAUUGAUAUGGCUAUGUCUAGUAUUUUAUUAAUGCGGAAGGGUCUUUCAGUGAACGGUUUUAGAAGUUUAUGGACAUGUAGGAUACUGCUCGCAGAACAAACUAAAAAUACUACCACACAGCAGUCGAGUCAGGACCAGAGUAAGGAUAGCGACGAGGAUUAUGAGAAAAAUAUCAAAUCAAAGAUUCUUAGUGCAUCUUUAAAGUUUGUGCAUGACCUGGGCUGGAGCCAGCAAGCCAUCAGUGCUGGUGCCGAGUCUAUUGGAUAUCCUGGUGUGAUUCAUGGACUGUUUCCCAAUCGAGGAGCAGACUUGGUUCAGUAUUUUUACCUGACGUGUAACAGUGAAUUGAACAAAAUCCUUAAGGAACAAGCGCUUGCUGCUCAAGAUGGUCCUACCAAAGAGAAAAAGACAUUGGAAUUUCAAGUACGAGAUGCUGUGGAGACAAGGCUUAGAAUGGUGAUCCCGUACAAGAAAACUUGGCCACAAGCUUUAGCUCUUAUGACGCUUCCUCCUAAUGUACCAAUGUCCCUGGCUAAUUUGCUCACAUUAGUGGACGACAUUUGUUAUUAUGCCGGUGAUAGAUCAGUCGAUAUUAACUGGUAUACCAGAAGAAUAGUACUAGCAGGUAUUUAUAAGACCACGGAGCUGUACAUGUUACAAGACAACAGCGAAGAUCAUAUACACACUUGGAGCUUCUUGGAAAGGCGAAUAAAAGAUGCGACUCAAAUUCAUUCUAUCCUUACAACAACUUCUGACAUGGCUCUACCAGAACAAGCUCUCAAUCGUGCCACUGAAACAGCUAAUGCCGCUUUUGUUACGGCACGUAAUAUACUUGGACUGAAUUGGAAUAGAUAAACCAAUUUAAUGAUAGAAAAAGAAUAAAUUAUUUUUAGAGAAAAAUUAAUUAUAGUAUUGUUUCUGAAUGUAUUCACAGCAAGUAAAAAAUACAUUUAAGGAGUCACGUGCAUGUACCUUCGUUUUAUAUCAACACAAUAAUGUUCAAGACUAGACACACGGUUUUAUGUUGAAUUAACAGUCAUGGCUAAUUUAUUUUAGCAGUAUGUGUUUUAACAAGGUCUGUACAUAUUUGAUGUCAAAUUUAAUAAAUCUGAGCUAUUUUCAUGCGAGAUAUAAAGUUAAAAAUGGUUAGAAAUAAAUUUAACAGUAUUUAACAAUUACCCUGCAUAAUUGUGCGAUUAAUUAAGGCAACAUACGUUUCGUCUUUAUAUAAAAUUGUUUGAUCCCUCUAUAGAGACACGAGAUCAAUUUUCAUCCUUAAUAUUCAAUUGAGCAGGAGACUAUGUUAUAAUAAAAAAUAUACA